AUGUCUCCGAAUCCUCCCACAGAAAACGAAGGCAUAGUGACCGAUGUCAGUGAGUCGACGAUAUAUGGGGAAGCGCCAGACACGGAUAAUUAUGUCAAGUUCUCAAGUCUGCUCUUGCUGUCAAUCAUACUGUGCUUGGCGACUCUGUGCGUAGCAGUAGACAACACCAUAACUUCGACUGCAGUGCCUCGGAUCACCCAUGACUUCCACAGCAUUGAGGAUGUGGGUUGGUAUGCAGCAAUUUACCCCUUGACCUCCUGCGCAUUCCAACCUUCCUUUGGCAAGAUCUAUACGCUCUUCUCCAACAAACCCGUCUUCCUGGCAGCGUUAUUGAUAUUUGAGAUCGGAAGCACUGUAUGUGCGACUGCACCGAAUUCGAACGUUUUCAUUUUUGGGCGGGCACUAGCAGGUCUAGGGUCUGCUGGGAUACAAGCAGGCACUACGCUCAUCCUCGCUGAGUGUGUGCCGCUACACCGGCGACCGACAUGGAACAGCAUUGUUGGUAGCAUGUUUGCAGUCGGGAGCGUAGCGGGGCCUUUAUUGGGAGGAGCCUUUUCAGAUUCAACUACAUGGCGUUGGUGUUUUUACAUCAAUCUUCCAAUCGGAGGCGUUAUCAUAAUCUUCAUCGCCUUUUUCUAUAGAAGGCGCGGUGGCGCGAGGGUCUUGGAGUCGGCCAGACUUUGCAAUCAGAUCGCGCGCUUCGACUUGGCUGGUACUUUCACCUUUGUAUCAGCAACGAUCUGUCUUCUUCUAGCACUGUCAUGGGGCGGGACGACAUAUGCAUGGGACAACCCCCGUAUCAUAGCCCUGCUCACGGUCGCUGGUGUCGUAUUCUGUUCCUUUGCCUUCAUCGAAUACUGGACACAAGAUCGUGCCAUCGUUCCUUUACGCUUACUACGUAGGCGAAGUAUAAGUGCGGCGAUCUGGUACAGUCUCUGUCUGGGAGGCGUAUUCUUCGUACGUAUGUCCAACCCAGACUUCAUUUCCAUCUGGCUGACCAACAUGCUUCCACCGCCUCAGGUCAAUGUUUUCUACAUACCGCUCUGGUUUCAAAUGGUCGAUGGUGUCUCUGCCGUCAAAUCUGCCAUCCUGUUCAUCCCAUUCAUGCUCAGUGUCGUCGGUGGUUUCAUGAUCUCGGGCUUUGGGACCGCUACGACGGGAUAUUAUACACCUUUCGUCUACGCGGGGUCAAUGUUUAUGUCGAUAGGUACCGGCCUAUUGAUGACGGUUCGGCCUCAUCACACCUCGCGAGCGAAAUGGGUUGGAUAUCAGAUCCUAUGCGGCGCUGGAAUCGGCCUAGGGGAAGAACAAGGGCUAUACAUGGUCCAGACAACCCUUCCUGAAGAUGAUGUGGCAACUGGGGUUGGACUCAUAUUGUUCGCGCAGACCUUUGGUGGAGCCCUCUUUGUGUCAGUUGCACAGGCAGUUUUCCUGCGCAACAUUAGCGAGGCAUUGAAAACAAUGGCCCCGAACCUGGACCCUCAUUCUGUUCUGGACGGCACAUCGAUAAACUCCUCUUAUGCUCAGGCAUCUCCAGAACUACAGGCAGGCUAUGGCAUGGCGAUCAAAGAUGCUCUCCGUGUUGGGCUUGUCCUCGCGACGGUGUCGAGUCUAGGUGCCGUGCUGUACGAUUGGAAAAGUAUGAAGACUAAGCGCGAUGAUGGGAACAAUGAACCAAACAGGGACCGUAGACUGGAACCUACAGAGACCUUCAGAUACUGGAUAUGA